UGAGAUAGUCGCCUGCGGACGUCUGAUGUCACUUCUUCGACGCUCGAAUUAUGCAUUAAGGUGCUUCGCCGGCGAUUGCCGUUGAAACCGCCGUCGUCGGCGUACUUGUCUCGCUCUCAUUCAUUUUGAUCCUUUCAAUUCGGUAAAAGCCCCAACAGUGUCGUCCGUGAAUGGCUCAGCAGCCGUUAGAUUUCGAUUCCUAUUAUCUCCACCAACCUGAUGACCGGAGCCACAUCAACACGCUCUUCGUAUCAGGCCUCCCUGACGAUGUAAAGGCGCGUGAGAUUCAUAACCUCUUCCGCCGUCGUCCCGGCUUCGACUCAUGUCAGCUCAAGUACACUGGCCGCGGCAACCAGGUUGUUGCAUUUGCUACCUUUUUCAAUCACCAAUCGGCAAUGGCAGCAUUGCAUGCAUUAAAUGGUAUCAAAUUUGAUCCUCAAGCUGGGUCUGUUCUACAUAUCGAACUUGCCAGGUCAAACUCAAGGAGAAAGCGUAAACCAGGUAGUGGAGCCUAUGCUGUUAUUGAUAAAAGAUCUAAAGGGGAGGCUGAUGCUCAGGCAUCAUCAAGUGAUGAUGGUGAUGGAGAAUCUGAAGAACCACUUGGGAAUCACAGCAGCCAUGGUGAUGUGACAUCAAUGAAAAGUGGUGAGACUGCUGUUAAUUCUGAUGAUGCUGCACAUCUUAAUGAGCAGCAAGACAAGGGUGCCGAUGGAGGACCAUGUUCCACUCUUUUCAUUGCAAAUCUAGGUCCAAACUGCACUGAAAGUGAAUUGAAGCAAGCUUUUUCUGUGUAUCCUGGAUUCAAUAUGGUCAAAAUGCGUUCUAGAGGAGGAAUGCCAGUUGCUUUUGCUGAUUUCGAGGAAAUUGAGCAAGCUGCUAAGGUCAUGGAGGAGCUUCAAGGAAGUUCGUUGUCAUCAUCAGAUCGGGGUGGCAUGCACAUAGAAUAUGCAAGAUCCAAAAUGAGGAAGCGUUAGACGAUCGGGGAGCAAGCGUUUUUCCAUUUUUUUUUUAAAUAAUUACUAUAGUUUGUUCAUUGAGUCCGCUGAGUUGUUUCUUAUGUUUGAGAUUCUUAGCGGAGCUACGUAGAGUUUGAAGAAGUGUAUAUUUCUGAAAUAUUUUUGGGGUGGAAAGAUUAGUGACCAACUAAUUAAUGAAGAGACAUCUUAUCCGUUAUGUA